ACACGCGGAGUGGGAAGGUCUUCCCCCGGGGGGGCGGAGCCGUGGAGCUCUCUAUAUUUGGUGAUGGGCUGGGGCCAGCACUCGUGCUGCCGUGGUGAAUCGGAGAACUUCGAACUGUGGGAGAGACGGCCAAGAGGGAGAAGGAUACACAGUGCACAACAACAAAAAAAGAAAAAAAAGGAAGGGGGGUGGUGGUGGACGAGAGAGAACCACGCGUACGGGGAAAAAAGCACAUGGUGUGAAAAUGCCCACCAACUUCACGGUGGUUCCGGUGGACGACGGCAAGAGUUCUUCCUGGGAUCGCGACGACAACGUCCUGAGAGAGGAGGACGAGGAUGUGCCGGAGUCCCCCGUGACCUUCCCAGGUGAAGCAGGAGAUGGCAACCCAAAGGAGAGCAGUCCAUUCAUCAACAACACAGACAAUGACAAAGGAACUCUCUAUGAUGGGAAGAACAUGGCUCUCUUUGAGGAAGAGAUGGACAGCAACCCCAUGGUCUCGUCACUGCUCAACAAGCUGGCCAACUACACUAACCUCACCCAGGGCGUUAUUGAACACGAGGAGGAUGACGAUGAUGAAGGACCAAAGAAGAAAACGGUCAAAAGUCCGCAGAUGGGCACCUUCAUCGGAGUGUACCUGCCCUGCCUGCAGAACAUCCUGGGCGUCAUCCUCUUCCUGCGUCUCACCUGGAUCGUCGGCACCGCCGGCAUCAUGGAGUCCUUCGCCAUCGUCUUCAUGUGCUGCGCCUGCACAAUGCUGACUGCAAUAUCAAUGAGUGCCAUUGCUACAAAUGGCGUGGUACCAGCUGGCGGGUCUUACUACAUGAUCUCAAGGUCGUUGGGUCCAGAGUUUGGUGGAGCCGUGGGGCUGUGCUUCUACCUUGGCACCACGUUCGCUGGAGCCAUGUAUAUACUGGGUACUAUCGAAAUCCUUCUGACCUACAUAGUGCCCAGCGCGGCCAUCUUCAAGGCCGAGGACAAGGAGUUUGCGGCGGAGGCCAUGCUGAACAACAUGCGGGUGUACGGCACCUGCUGCCUGGCCUUCAUGGCCGUGGUGGUGUUCGUGGGGGUCAAAUACGUCAACAAGCUGGCCUUGGUGUUCCUGGCCUGCGUGGUGCUCUCCAUUCUAGCCAUCUACGCCGGCGUCAUCAAGACCAUCUUCGAACCCCCCGACUUCCCGAUCUGCCUCCUUGGCAACCGCACCCUGCAGAACCACAACUUCGACAAAUGCCUCAAGACGGAGGAGGUGGACAACAUGACGGUCACCACGGAGCUGUGGCGCCUGUUCUGCGACGGUCCUGAGCUCAACGCCACCUGCAACGAGUACUUCAAAGCCAACAACGUGACCGAGAUCCAGGGCAUCCCGGGGCUGAUGAGUGGGGUCAUCUCCGAUAACCUGUGGGGUGACUAUGGGCCUGCCGGAAUGCUGGUGGAGAAGAAAAACCAUCCUUCCGUGCCUGCAGCCGACAGCUCCAAUGACGUCUCCAUGCCCUUCGUCGUCAAUGACAUCGCCACCUUCUUCACCCUAUUGGUGGGAAUCUACUUUCCUUCUGUGACCGGGAUCAUGGCUGGAUCCAACCGCUCAGGGGACCUGAGAGACGCCCAGAGAUCCAUUCCCAUCGGGACCAUCCUGGCCAUAGCAACCACCUCCUUCAUCUAUAUUUCCAGUGUCUUGCUUUUUGGUGCCUGUAUAGAGAGCGUGGUGUUGAGAGACAAAUUUGGAGACUCGGUGAAAGGAAACCUGGUGAUUGGCACGUUGUCCUGGCCGUCCCCCUGGGUCAUCGUCAUCGGCUCCUUCUUCUCCUGCUGCGGGGCGGGGCUGCAGAGCCUCACCGGCGCCCCCCGGCUGCUGCAGGCCAUCGCGCGGGACGGCAUCGUGCCCUUCCUGCAGGUGUUCGGUCACGGCAAAGCCAACGGGGAGCCCACCUGGGCCCUGCUGCUGACGGCCGGCAUCUGUGAGAUCGGGAUCCUCAUCGCCUCUCUGGACGCUGUGGCCCCCAUUCUGUCCAUGUUCUUCCUGAUGUGCUACCUGUUUGUGAACCUGGCAUGCGCGGUCCAGACUCUGCUUCGCACCCCCAACUGGAGGCCCCGAUUCAAGUUCUACCACUGGGCCCUGUCUUUCCUGGGGAUGAGUUUGUGUCUCUCCCUGAUGUUCAUCUCCUCCUGGUACUACGCUCUGAUAGCCAUGCUAAUCGCUGGAUGCAUCUACAAGUAUAUUGAAUACAGAGGGGCAGAGAAGGAGUGGGGCGACGGGAUCCGCGGCCUGUCACUCAACGCCGCCCGCUACGCCCUCAACCGGCUGGAGGAAGCCCCGCCCCACACCAAGAACUGGAGGCCGCAGCUGCUGGUGCUGCUCAACCUGGACGCGGAGCUGGGGGUGAAGCACCCGCGGCUGCUGUCCCUGACCACCCAGCUGAAGGCCGGCAAGGGCCUGACCAUCGUGGGCUCCGUGCUGGAGGGCACCUACAUGACCAAGGAGGCCGAGUCCAAGAAGGCCGAGCAGAACAUUAAGUCCUCCAUGGCCGCAGAGAGGACCAAGGGCUUCUGCCACGUGGUGGUGUCCUCCAACCUGCGGGACGGCUGCUCCCACCUCAUACAGUCGGCGGGGCUCGGGGGCAUGAAGCACAACGCCGUCCUCAUGGCCUGGCCCAGCAACUGGAAACAGGUGGAGGACUCGGCCAGCUGGAAGAGCUUUGUCGAGACGGUGAGGGAAACCACAUCGGCCCACCAGGCCCUGCUGGUGGCCAAGAACAUCGACUCCUUCCCGGCCAAUCAGGACCGGCUGAGCGAGGGCACCAUCGACGUGUGGUGGAUCGUACACGACGGGGGCCUGCUGAUGCUGCUGCCCUUCCUGCUCCGGCAGCACAAGGUGUGGAGGAAGUGUAAGAUGCGCAUCUUCACCGUGGCUCAGAUGGACGACAACAGCAUCCAGAUGAAGAAGGACCUGCAGAUGUUCCUCUACCACCUCCGGCUGGACGCCGAAGUGGAGGUGGUGGAAAUGCACGACAGCGACAUCUCGGCCUUCACCUAUGAGAAGACCCUGGUGAUGGAGCAGCGCUCUCAGAUGCUGAAGCAGAUGCAGCUGUCCAGAACAGAGCGGGAGAGAGAGAUUCAGAGCAUCACCGACGAGUCCCGCAGCUCCAUCCGCCGGAAGAACCAGGGCGGAGCCAACGCCCCGGGCAACAGCCAGCAAGGCGUCCAGCCGGACGAUGGCAAGCAGGACGAGGCCCAGCUGGUCCACGACAGGAACACGGCAUCCCACGCGGCUCUCAACGACAAGGGCGACGCCACCCCAGACCGGGUCCACAUGACGUGGACCAAGGAGAAGCUGAUCACCGAGAGGAACCGCAACCGCGACGCCAACAUGGCCGUGCGUGACAUCUUCAACAUGAAGCCAGAGUGGGAGAGUCUAAACCAGUCGAACGUGCGGCGGAUGCACACCGCGGUCCGGCUGAACGAGGCGGUGGUCAACAAGUCACAGGGAGCUCACCUGGUCCUGCUCAACAUGCCAGGACCGCCCAAGCACAAGGGUGGCGAUGAGAACUACAUGGAGUUCCUGGAGGUUCUGAUGGAAGGGCUGAACCGGGUGCUGCUGGUGCGUGGCGGGGGCAGGGAGGUCAUCACCAUCUACUCGUAACGCCACCGCCGCCGCCGCACCCGCGCGAGCGCUCGCCAACGCCAGGGAUCACAGGAGACUCGCGUGGGGAAGGGGGGGGGGGGGGGGGGGGGUACGGGUGGAUCGGCUGUCCAGGGUCACGGCUGUUUUUCGGGACGGCAGUCUCACGGCCACUGAGGACCCGGCCGAGGCUGGGCCCGUGAAGCUCACAGCACUGCCGCUGAAGCGCUGUCAUCACGCAGCCCGGAGGAUAGAGCAUGCAGACACUUUAAUUUCAGUGUGUACCUGUGUCCUGUUUUUGUGUUCGUUCGUCUUCUCUUCAGUGUUCCGUUCGUUUAGAUGUCGGACGUUGACUAAGUGUAAAUUCAGCAGAGGACAGCAGGGCAAACGCCUCGUUUUAAUGUUUUGUUCUUUGGUUGUUCGGUUGUUUUAAUGAAGUAAUACAGGAAAGACUGGCCAUGAAAGGCAAGCGACCAUCUCAUUCCCUGAUUAGCUCCCUCAGCUCAUGAAUCGGUUGUAGAUCAGUCCACACCCCUACCCGGUCUCACUCAUGAAAGGUGAAUCCUGUUACAGAAGUCAUUUUUCCAUUUCUGUAAAACCAGUGACAAAACAAGAAAGUUACACGCUUUUACUUUUCUUAACAAUCUUAGAACUACGUAUAUCUGUGGUUUCUUAUGCCAAUCUGAAGACUUUGAUAGUUCUGGUGUAGGCGAAAGACAAAGCUAUUGUGAUUGUGAGAGCCUUGGUGGAGAGAGAUGCAGCAGUUAUGUUUGGUUCUUGCAUAAUCCGGAUUCCUCAUGUAUCUGUCAGGACCAUAAGUCCUCUCGAGGCUGUCAUGAGUGCUCUGAGGAGCUUCAUCAUAUACUCUAAUUCAGUUGCUCAUUUCACUACGGCAUAUUACUGACCUAUGGCAGAGGAGAAAAGUCCCAGAACUUUCAUUAAGUACAUAUCAAAGAAGGAAAAAAAAAUAAAGGAAAGCUGGGUCAUCUGUUUAAAGGUAUUUAUUUUUAGUGUCCUUGACUGUAUUAUUGUAGGGUUCCGCGUGUCACCUGGGCUUGGGGUUGUUCAGUGAGGGACUGAAAAGAGGACUUGGACGUGCAAUAUGCCUCCUGGCUGGGUGUCUCGAGCAUGAGCUGUUAGUUCAGCCCUGUGGUUAUGGUCAAAGUACCACAGACCAGUGUAGCAUUAGGAAAAUAGCCAUAGUCAGUGCUGUAAUGUCGGGCUUUAUUAAAUGUUUUCAAUACGAAGAAAAUUUAUCAGUGUAUGAUUGGAUGUAGGAUUGUGAGUUUGAAGACUAGAGGUGUGUGUUUGCGUUGUCAUUUUAGACUGCUGUGUGUGCUCAUGUUGUAAGCAGCCCAUUCUUCUGGGCGAUUCAUUAUUCAAGGCCAGUAACUGUCCAGUGGGUCAGAAUAAAUGUAAUCUUGUUGCGUGGAAAAUUUGUUCUUUCACAGUUCUCCCCUUGGAAUUGCGUAUUUGUUCCUUGCUUUUGCAGUACUCACAGCUUAGAAAAUGUCUUCAACUGCCGCCAUUGUACAGGCACGUUUCAAAUAUUUUCUGUCCAUCAGUGUUGGCUACCUUGAGUCCUCUGGCCCUACGCUGCCGAGAAGUGUAAAGCGACCGUCAGCUGUUUGCGCGGGGCUUAGCUACGUCUGUUCUGUCUCAUUCACGCCAGCCGCGCCGCUCUGCGCACCGCGGGUCUUACGGUUCGCCUGAAGCGGCUGCUAAGUUUCCGAGCUGCAGUAGAAAAUUCAGCGCGAAUGUCUUUUUGUUUACACACGGACAUUACGGCGGGCUGACGGACGGUUGGUUCCUAGAUACGAUUUCGUUUCUGCCUCAGAUUUUGACUGUUAAUUUCAAGCUAUUCGUCUGAUUCUUGUAAUGAUGAGUCUAUCGCAGGGGGCAGUGUGAGACGAUAUUAACAGCUGGCAGUACACUGUGCUAAUUAAUGAGAGCGUCUGCCCCCGCGAAUACAAAUCACGAGAACUUUUUACGGAGGAAUGAACUGUUGGACAAAAACAUUUUUCAAGACUGUAUGAUGUUCGGUUUCUGUGGGUCGUCCAGAAGUGUGGCCUGAGCCUGACCCAGCAAGCAGAAGAGUACAAUGAUUCAUCUCUAUUCUUUUAUGGUUAUUAGUAUGUUUCCUGUUAAUUGUGUGAGUAGCACAUUUGACCUGACUUCAUGAUACGGUAGGAUGUGCGAAUGUGUGGCCCAUUGCAGCUUCGUAUGAAGGGGAUAUUGUAUCUUGUCGAGGAAAAAACUGUUCACUCUUAAUUAAAUGUUUUGUGUAAUUUCUUUUUUUUUUUUUAGAUUGUAUUGUUGUUUUUAUCAUCCGUAUGAUUUUUCCCCACUUUAUAUAGGAAGAUAUGUGCCAAAAAUAAUCAAAAGUAACUGUGAAAGUAUGCUUUUUGUGAUGUCAGAAUUUACUUUUGUGAUGUCACCGGGAGCUUAAUAUUCCAUCUUUAUUGUCUGAUUGGGUCCACCCAAAAUACACAACAUAUAGAAAUUUGCUUCCUUAAACUAAUGGAGAAUUGCAAUUGACACUACUUAUUCCAGGACAGACUUGUUUUAUGACUGAAGUGCAUGUAAAUACGUUAAGUUAAUAUUUGGCUGAAAUAUUAAAUGAAAUGAGGGAGGAGGUGACAGCAUAUCAGUGGUGAAUGUGGUACUCCUGCUUUUUUAUUGGAUAGGAUUAGAGGCCAGGUCAUUCUCAAAUGGCCUUUGGCUACAUAGACAUUUAUCCUGGAUGUCCUGGUGUGUAAUCUGGCUGAAAAAAGAGCAAGUCCUGACGCACAAUGAAUAUAUUUCCACAGUUUCUUUUGUCAUUUCUUAGCUCAGUAGUAUUUUGUAACCAGACGUUCAACAUGGUAUUUUUCUACAAUAUCUUGAAGGAGUUUUGUUCUUGUUUUAGAAUAGACAAAGACAAACAAUAUCCAAUGUCAGCAUUUUUUGAGUAUCUAAAUUUUGUCUGAUCGUGGUUGUAGUGUCUGUACUUAAACUGUUAUAUUUUACUUGGCUUUUCCCCACUUUGUGUUACUUGUUGGGGUGGGGUAAAGUGAAAUUGUGAUGUCAUGUUAUGUGUUUUUUCAUUUUAAAAAUCCCAUCACCAGGGCAACAGGGGCAAGGUUUUUGUUGCCUACUGUUUCUCUUCCGGACGAGGACAUAGAGGAGAGAUGUGUGAAGGAAAAGGAAUAAAAUGUGUUGCUAAAAUUAUUUAAAAUUCUUUGAAAAUGUGUAUUUGAGGUUUUAGGCACCAAAAAUAUUUUUGGUUCUGUCCACAAUAUGAAUAUCCACAUUAUAGAUCCAAAAUGAAGUUUAAAAACAUAACAAAAGUUUAAAAAAUACAAUAAAAACUGAAAAAAAAACUGGAGCUUUGUUAUUUGAACUAAAUAGCAGUAGAUAUGUAAAUAAAUUGGCUCCACUUCUGAAGAGUGCUCAUUGAGGUCUUGUGUAAAUCUCACUAUCAAUGUGAGAUGAAAUGGCAUUAUCUACCUCAUGGUGGCUAGGAAGGGAGUUUGAUGGCGGUUCAGACCUGCACCAUCAAUCCCUUUUGUCUAUAUGUUGAAACGGUUAAGUUCUUUGUUUGUUUUUUAAAAAAAAAUUUUAAACCUUCAAGUAGAAGAGAAGGCUUCCAUUUGAGGUUGAUCCAGCACGCUGGUUUAUACAGCUAGCUUUGCGGCUCCUCUCUUACAGGUCUUGUAUCAUAUUGAGAUCAGCGGAGAGUGGUUAGAGCGUGCAGUCUUUUGUUUAAUCCGCUGGAUGUACAUCUUCUGCUCAUUGGACAAAUCUCAAACUCUUAGGACGUUUGUUACUUGUGGGUGCGCACGUAGCGGAGGAUAGCCCUUUAAAUUAAAUUUGUGCCUCUGAGUAAUUAAUAAAGUGCUGAAAUAUAUCAGA